AUGUCGGUGGUUACAGCCAGUUCCCCGGGUGCUCUCAUUCACGUCGGUGUGGGUUUCACAGCUGCCCCGGUGCUCCUUACCCUGGAUGUCGGUGUGGGAUACAGCCAGUUCCCGGUGCUCUCAUUCGAUGUCGGUGUGGGUUACAGCCAGUUCCCGGUGCUCUCAUUCGAUGUCGGUUACAGCCAGUUCCCGGUGCUCUCAUUCGAUGUCGGUGGGAGUUACAGCCAGUUCCCGGUGUUCUCAUUCGAUGUCGGUGGGAGUUACAGCCAGUUCCCGGUGUUCUCAUUCGAUGUUGGUGUGGGUUACAGCCAGUUCCCGGUGCUCUCAUUCGAUGUCGGUGUGGGUUACAGCCAGUUCCCGGUGCUCUCAUUCGAUGUCGGUGUGGGUUACAGCCAGUUCCCGGUGCUCUCAUUCGAUGUCGGUGUGGGUUACAGCCAGUUCCCGGUGCUCUCAUUCGAUGUCGGUGUGGGUUACAGCCAGUUCCCGGUGCUCUCAUUCGAUGUCGGUGUGGGUUACAGCCAGUUCCCGGUGCUCUCAUUCGAUGUCGGUGUGGGUUACAGCCAGUUCCCGGUGCUCUCAUUCGAUGUCGGUGUGGGUUACAGCCAGUUCCCGGUGCUCUCAUUCGAUGUCGGUGUGGGUUACAGCCAGUUCCUGGUCCUGGCUCCAUACACUCAUUGUUUCCUAUGGUGCCCUGAAUGCUAA